AUGCCAGAUAAAGAGGACGUUGUUCGGCUGCUGCUGCGGCUGCUGCGGCUGCUCUUACUGGACCCUGAGCUGGUGGACAGACUGGACCUGGACGUUCUCCCUGACUCUGCCCCAGAUCGCGAUGUGGAACUGGCACGAGAGCCUGCAGACCUAGGGCUUCUUUUCGUCCUGGAGGUCCGUCCCGUCCUGGAGGUGCGGGUCGACCUGGAGGAGAUCUCGGACACGUCUGAUUGUUUGGAGGAGAUUUCAGAGAUGGAGGAAAGUUUGGUUUUGGAAGUGAGGUCGGACAAAGCUGUGGUGGAUUUGUUGAGGGCGCUGGAGGUGUUCUUUUCCACGUCUGGAAGUGCAUUGACUGCUACCACUCUGAAAUAA